GAAACAUCAUUGCAGUUCUCUUUUGACAAUCAUCGUUGGAGUACACAUCGUUUCUUCUUGUUUUUGUGAACGUCGGGUCGGCUUUUGGUUUGCAGGAUUGAACUCGAAAGAAAAUUUUCAACUGAAGCGAAAGCUAGAGUGAAUACUAAUAUCAAAGAUAAAAGGAAGCAAACCUAUGAGAUGACGAGCUCAAUCAGGGGCAUCAGCACGAGCACCAGCGGUAGCACCCAGAGGAGUCUCUUUCAAAAUUCCAACGAGGACCGCAAAAAACGAGAGGAGGCCACCCUCCACAAAAUGAAGGAGGUCACGCGGACAUAUCUGGACAAAAUGGAGACGAACUCGGCGUUCUUCUCCGACGAGACGAAAAUUGCGAUGCUACGUAGAAACAAAUGCAGACCAAUUGUUAUACGAGAUGAUGAUGACUAUGGAAAGGAGCGCGAAAAUGGAGGUAAGCACAGCCACUGCAUUUGGAAUGGCGGUGUGGUGGUUCCACGGUUCGAACCAAUCGAAAUCGAAUUAGAAACAACUCUAGGGAUGGGGGAAUUCGGAACCGUCCUCAGGGUAGGGAGCAUCCAUUUACUUCCCCGUAGUCAGCCUGAUGACGACAACUGCAAAGGAGAUCGAUCAACACGAAACCACAAAAAAGAGGAGAGACCCUUCUCUUCGGUCAGGAGCAACCCUUCCGUGCUUGUCGGCUUGGAACCGCAAGGCAACGGCAAUAACAACGAACUGGACACGAUUGAAUGUUCCUCGGGGCAUCCAGGCAGCAUUCGCCACUCCGAGAAACGAUCCCUGUGGUCCUCUACGACUAUGCCGUCGAUGUCCUCCCUGACAAGCAGCAGCCACUCGGGCAGCAACACAAACGCCGAUCCGGAUCCUGACGCAACGAUCAUUUCGAAACGAAUGCCUCCUCGGUCCCCCGGAUACCCGUCGUUGUGGCUGGGCAUCAACUCUUCUUCGGUAGACGAGCAGAAGCAACAAGCGCAGCAGAUCCAAAGCGCCAUCGGGGCCGAUCGGUUGUUGCGACAGGAACUGACCGAAAGUUAUUGCCGGCCAAAGCGGAACCGGCGACACAGCAGCCCUGCGGGUGGCUCUUCGUUGGCGCGCUCAACGGCAAUAAGCACGAACGCGUCGUUGCUGGUAAUCAAACAAAUACGAAAGGAUUUGUACCCGAAGAAACGCAUUGAAGCGGCGAAAGAUUUGGCUAGAGAAGCCAAGCUGUUAGCUAGACUGCAAUUACUGUAUUGUACAGAACAGAGAUCCGAUUCCGAGGCAGACCCACCAUCUGACAAGGAUGAUGGCGUGCAUCCAUUCCGUUACCGCUACGUAGCUUUUGACAACCAUCCCAACCUAAUCACUCUGAGGGGGAUCGUUUCGAAUCCAGGGGCACCCGACUUUGGCAUACUCCUGGAUCGAUUGCACCUUACCCUCGCAGAACGGGUAACAUUUUGGGGGAAGCGGCAAAACGAAAUUCUGGAAAAGACCACCGGAAGAACGAAACGUCACAGCUACAAAACGUCCUUGCUGGCAUCGUGGUGGCCCUCCCGAGCGGCAUUCUGGCCCAGUGGUUUGUUUGGGUGCGACAAACGGGAGCCAAACCACACGCGUUCGUCGAUGUCACCGUUUUCACAGGUCGUGGUUGGUGAGGACGCCUCGCUGGAAGGGGUGAUGUACACGGCGACGACAACUGUGCCAUCUUCUCCGCUAGAAAGCCUGGUGCUUCUAGGUGAACGCGUCCUGGCCCUGUUCGAUGUCGCGGAGGGAAUGCGAUACCUCCACAAACACAAGAUUGUCUUUCGUGAUCUAAAGACCGAAAACGUUGGAGGAAAAACAACAUCGGGCGAUGCCCUGCAACGGAUGCAAAUCUUUGAUUUUGGACUGGCGAGGGAAUGCAAAUCAUCGGACAAGGUGAGGCAAUCACCCUUGUCCUCGCGUUCUGUCGAUUCUGCUUCACGUGGGGAAGCUACACCAGGCUUUGGAGAUACGAACGACAACUAUGAUUUGAAUGAUUUUUACGAUACCUACCAUAUAACGGGGAUGACGGGCACGAUGAGGAUCAUGGCCCCGGAGGUCAUACGGUACUCGCCCUACGGAUUACCAGCGGACGUUUAUUCCUUUGGUAUCUGUAUGUGGGAGGUUUUUACAGGGAAAAAGUGCAACUUUUUGUCCGCGGCCGAGAUCUGCGACACCAAGAACGUUGUUCGGCCCCGGCCCCCGAUGCGGUUUGAUCCCCUGAAGGGCAGCGUGGGCAUGCCGCUCAAGCUGCGGGUGCUGAUGCAGAAAUGCUGGCACGAGGAUCCGAACCAGCGGCCAGAAUUUGGAGUUCUCAGCGACCAUCUCCGGUCCAUCCUGUCGGAGUUGCACAACCAAUCGUCGCAUCCGGAGCGACCGUUCGGGCAGCCAUCAAACGCCGUAGACAACGGCGCCAGUAGCAACAAUGAAAACAAACAGCGACAGCCUUUCCACGAAAGGAGCUUGUCCGAUGGAACUUCUCGCUCCUCAGGCCAAGCCGCAUUGUGGUGCCGCCUAGAAGCCAUCCACGCAUCUAGGAGGCAGGACGAUUGAAUGUAUUACCAUCGAUCCAUCGGCUGUUUUUUUGGAAUUAGGGCUUGGCUAGAACCUCUAUUUUUGCAGCUUAUUUUUUACGCG